UACUUCCGUCCGGAGAGGCGGGACUUCCUGUCCCCCUUCGAUUGACUGCGGAAGUGGAGACAGACGGCUCAGGGUAGUCGGAGUUUGGGAGCUUUGCGCGUGUGCGCUCAUAGUUGCUUUCGCCUGGAAAGAUGCCGGGACUGGCGGCCGCUAGCCCUGCCCCGCCCGAGGCUCAGGAGAAGAAGCCACUGAAGCCCUGCUGUGCCUGCCCGGAAACCAAGAAGGCGCGUGAUGCGUGCAUCAUUGAGAAAGGAGAAGAACACUGUGGACAUCUCAUUGAAGCCCACAAGGAGUGCAUGAGGGCACUGGGAUUUAAGAUAUGACGUGGUCUGCAGUAGAGUUACUUUUUUCCAGUGAAAAUGGAAGCUUUGUUUUAAGCCAGGUAUUGUUCUAAGAAAACUAAAGCCUCAGAUCACCAGUUUCCAAAGAACUUUGAGUCCAAAUAUCAAUGUCAAAGGGAUGUGCCCACCAAGACCACAGUCCGUGACUUCUGGUUGGAAUCUCUUGCUUCAGGCGUUAGCUUCGCUCACUACUACACUUCUUUCCAGAUGCUGAUUUAAAGUCUCCUUAGAGAGGCUUUCCUCAGUGCCCCAUGUAAAGUAGUACCCUUCCUGUCACUGUUCCAGGGGUACUCAGUAGGCCUUCCCAGAUGUUCCGUGGCCACAUUCUCCAGUAUGGUAGCCACUAGCAAUG